UAGUUAAAGCACGUUGUUUAUUAGGGAAAGAUCAGAGUUACCUCCUGGCAUUGAAUCUAACAAACUCAAAAGACCGUGCUUAUUUUCAAGAUUUGGUGUAAUCGACUGGUGGUUGUAAGGAAAACAUACCAAGGUUUAUCUGCACUAUGAUGCUGAUGACAUGUCAUCACUGGGUACAGAAACAGUUGAUUACACGGAGGCCUGCAGAAAAUGCCCGGCAGUAGCAACAUCAUACAAGUCUCACUCGAAUUGCCCUAACAUUAUUCUUCUUCACACAACCCGGUCUGUCAUCUGUGCUGGAAAGAAAUCUGGGGGGCAACUGUUAGAAAAGAAAAAGAAAACUCUUCACAGACUCGGGAAGGUAGCCUCAGCUUGGAGGAACAGCGGAGGAGGCCAAGUUCUGAUUCAUGUAGAGGGUCAACUGUCCGAGGACAGGUGUCUGGAACAGUUUGACGAGUUCAUUACCAAGAGUCUGUCUGAUCUCAUUGAUGACGGAGAACUAUAUGUAGACACAUACAGGCGCCAAUGGCUAUCUGAUAUACAGAGGUUUCAAAACCAUACUGACUUCGUUUUUGUGAACGUGAAGGCAACCCGUGGGAUAGCCACUGUGGAUUUUAACACAAAAGUGAGGAACGACACUGGAAAUAUAUCAAUAACGUCUGUUAAUUUGGCCCAAUGCAUAUUAAACAGGCGGGAAAACACCGAUCUCCCAAAGACGAAAAGAUUGUGUGAAAAUAUUCAACUACUCCAUGAGUGCCGGAACACUGAAAAUAAAGGAUUACAUCUUAGCAAAUUGGAGAGACCAAUAGCAACGAAAAUUUCGAGAAGCCUGUCAGAUUUUGUGGAAUAUAUAUGGCAUGAUCUCAAACUUAAAUAUAACCUGACCUCUAUGUCCAAGAUUGAGGGAGGUGGAUCAUACUAUGUUGGGAUAAGUGAAGAGACCCUGCACAUUGAAAGUUACAGAACCAAAUUUCUUAACAUUGACGGGUUUUCCAUGAGAUUUAAAGAAAAUGAGAUCAUCAAAGCCAUUGAUGCUAAACUUCAAAGUGACACAAUUGCCUUACAUGGAAACAACUUCUGUAAUGCCCCUGACGAUUUGAUUGAAGUGCGGUUACAUCCUAUUCCUGGAACAGAGAGUCGUGUUCUGGAGGUAGCUGUGCGAUGCUUUGAUGGUAUCAUCUUCAGUGAUAAGGACGGGCCAAGGACUUAUGAAGUAAAGAACAAUAACAUUCAUCGGAUGGACAAAGUAACCUGGUUAAAGCGAUUCAUGGCAGCCCAGAUAAGAGUUUGAUAGACAUUCAACAUGGCAGAGGAGUUAGAAUUUGGUGGAAGAACGAGUGUUAGUGGCGACGGUGGAAGAACGAGUGAUAGUGGCGAGAGUGAUGACUCCAGUGUGCCCAGCAGGUACAGCUCAGAAGGAGACGUUCCAUUACUGACUGAUGCCGUCUUCUCUGAUUCGGAUGAUCCAGUAACAGGAGUACAGACUUCCGGUGAUACUCUCCAGUCAGGCACUGUCUCUACAUCAGAACAGAGGAAGAUUGUUGGGAUACUGUCAGCUGAAUCAGAACACUCGUUCUUCGACAUCUUCCCGUCCAUUGUUGAAGAAGCUCUCAUGAAACAGCAUGCUCACAUUGUACAGAGGCUGAGAGAACUACAAGGCAGAAAUCGUACAGUCGUCAUCUCAGGAGGUAGCCUGCUGAAGUUGAUAGACCCAUCUUGGGAGGGGCGAGUACCCGCGUCUGUCCUGUGUGAUGCUUGUGUGUUCUGCCCGACACGCCCUGUCAUGGUGCUGACUUUCACAACUGAGGAUGAAGACAACCACAAGAACAUUCAAUACAACACAACGUUGGCGACGUUGAUCGUACAACAUGUGAAGGUGGAAACUAAGUUUGAUUUCAAUAUCAUUCAUGACACUGUCGACGCAUCUUUGUGUAAGGAGAGACAAGAUUUCCUGACGAAGAUCGAGCAAUGUGAGAAUUCAGCCAAAUGCGUCUGUUUCCCCGCCGAACUACAUAUGGACGAAAAGAAAUGUACAGCCAUCAUAGAAACCUUCCUGAAAUACCUGUCUGAUGGCACUGAGUCAGCCAGACUUUCACCAUCUACGGAGGAUAAAGCACAUGUGAAGACCAUUUCCGAACAAGAUUUGGGGACCCCGCUUGAUGAAUUACGACAACAGUUACGUGCUCUGGAUGAGGACCAUCAACAAGUGAUCAGUGAAGUAAACCAGCAUCAUGAAGAGAAACUAUCAAAACUGAUGUGUCUGCAUGCUCAGAGAAAGCAGAAACUGGAGAAGGAAAUCGAAGAAUUACUUCAGAAGCCUCGCCAUGAAAAGAGAGACGAAACAUCGGAACUCCAUCAAUUGAACCUUUCUGCCAGAACGUCAAACAAAAUGGACGACUUCCCCAAAUGUUCUGUCUGUCAGCAUCAGUUUACACUGAAGGGUCCCGCCCCCUACCUACUGCCCUGUCUACACGCCGUGUGUGAGACGUGUGUGACAUCUGCAGCUGGUGGUGUGAUAUCAUGCUCCACAUGUCAGACGGAGGUCAACCUCACGGACACAAGCCUCCAGAAGGAUGCAGUGAGACAGAAGGAAAUAUUCCAUCUGACAGUAAAACAUCGCCCCACAGAGCUCUACUGUACACAUAAAAAGGACGGCAACCAGGCUGUGUGUUGGUGUCGGGACUGUGAAGAGUUCCUGUGUGAGUACUGCCAGAAUGAGCACAGCAACAUCAAACUUUCCAGAAACCAUGUACUUCAAAACUUCAGUGACAUGGUACCGACUGUCUUGAACAUUCCAACAUUUUGCAGCAUCCAUAAACACAACUCUUUGGACUUCAUUGAUGCAACCUGCCAGAAGUGGAUCUGUGCGAGAUGUAGACUCCAUGAUCACGCAGACCAUGAUGUGAAGUACUUGGAUGUGGCUGCUGAUGCUGUAACGGAACAUUUCCGCCACCAGAAGAAUGAGCUAUUAAAGCUGCAGACUCGUCAGAAAACUCACAUGCAGAGCAUCAGACAAGACAUUAAAUACACUGACAGAACACACGACACUUUGAAAGAAAAUAUUGGCCACAUAUUCCAGACUCUGCGAUCGCUUCUUGAUCAACGAGAGAGUGAACUUAAGACCGAUCUGGAAAAUCUUACAAAAGAGAUCAAGGCAACACAACAGACUCUCCUCACCACCACUGAAGAAGAUUGGGAGACAUGCAGAAAUGUUUCAGACUACAUUGACAAAGUCCUCCUCUAUGCCCCCAAAUUACACAUCCUGGAGCUGGAGAGCCGUGUAGGAAACAGAGCUCGGAGCUGCCUGAAAGAUGUUAGGUCUCAGUCCCGUGCUGUAACGUCAGCUUUCCUCAAUACAAACAGAUUGUCAGUGCUGAAAUCAAAUAUAUCAGUAUUUGGUGCCAUUACGACAAAUGUAGGGGACGCUGAACCUUUUAAAGACAAGGAUACCCAGACCCUUGAUGACUAUAUGGCAGACCUGGACAGGAAACAUAAAAUGUUCAUUGCCGAGAAGGAAAACAUCGAGAAGAGACUCUCAAAGAACCUGGAUGUUUUACUUGGUGUGGCCAGGGAAUGUUGUAUCCAUCUGCUGAAGCCAGGGACUGUAGACAGGUCUGUGGUGCUGAAGUGUACACCACUGAAGUAUGACAAAGACAGAGUCAAUCUCGACAAAGUCCACAUCAACACAGAAGGAGACCUGGUCAACAGGAAGUCGGACACAAGACCUGCAGGGGAGGGAGAAUGAAGAAGUUCACCGGCACAUGCAGCACUGCCCCCUCCCCCAGGAUGGCUGUCCACAGUACUGGGAGGUAGAGAACAGGGUCAGUCUGGCGAAACCACUCCCAUGGAACAGGCUCAUCCUGGAGGUUGGAGUAUGUAGGGAGGAGCAGAGGGACGUGAGUCAUGAUAUAGCUGGACGUCCUUACUCCUACUGUAUGGCCGUCGCCCACUGUACUACACACGACGGGAUAUGCAGGAAGAUAAGGAAGGAGGGAAGUAUGUGCUGUGUCUGCCUGACACUCUCCCCAACACAGCAGGGACAUCACACACACUACAUUACGGUGUUGUCUAUGAUGACGCCAGGAAGAAGAUUGUCUUCAUUGAUGUGAAGGAGAAGAAAGUCAUGUCGACGUUAGACAAUGUAGACUGUAGUGAACCACUGUGGCCGAUGUUCGGGGUAUAACCCACAUCGCCUCACUGUCAGCAUGAGACUUGUAGUGGGCAGCGACAUCAACAUGACGGAGGAGAAGAAAGCGAUGAUUGUCAAGGCGCUGUCAUGAUGGUGACAGUGAUGGUGACUAUGAACACAUGGAUAUGUAGUAGAUACCUAACAGCAGCAUGAGUGAAGAGAACUUUCCUCAUGACCUUGUUGUACGUGAGAUUCUCAAGUAUUUAUACAAAACACAAACAGUGAAGCUUGUAGAAAACAUAUCGCUAGUAGUGCAACUUAUGAUCUAGUACACCUAUAAACUAUUUUCCUGCACCUAGCAUGUGGAUAUCAUACGCGAGUAAUUGCAGUUAAAAUAUUAAUUAAAAACAACAUGAUCCCUAAA